AUGAGUGCCACUAUCAAGCUUGAAAAGACUGACAGAAGGGACACUCUUGUGGAUAUCGAGAAGAAGUACCAGAAGUACUGGGCUGAUAACAAGUUCUUCGAGGUCGAUGCUCCUACUAUUGAGGAAGAUCCAGAGGAUGAUGCUGAUAAGUUGAGAGAGAAGUACCCAAAGUACUUCAGUACCAUGGCUUACCCAUACAUGAACGGUGUUUUGCACGCUGGUCACAGUUUCACCUUGUCCAAGGUUGAGUUUGCCACUGGUUUUGAAAGAAUGGCUGGUAAGAGAGCUCUCUUCCCAUUGGGUUUCCACUGCACUGGUAUGCCGAUCAAGUCAGCUGCUGACAAGAUCAAGAGAGAAGUUGAGCAGUUUGGUGAAGACUUCUCUGGUGCCCCUGCUGAAGACGAGGAGGAGGAGCCUGAGGUCAAGGAGGUUGUCAAAAACGAGGACCCCACAAAAUUCAAGGCUAAGAAGUCUAAGGCUGUUGCCAAACAGGGUAGAGGUAAGUACCAGUUCGAGAUUAUGUUGCAAUUGGGUCUUUCAAGAGAUGAAGUUGCUGCUUUCGCUGACCCUCAGCAUUGGCUCCAUUUCUUCCCUGCUCUUGUAGAGAGAGAUGUGAAUAACUUUGGUGGUAGAGUCGAUUGGAGAAGAUCCUUUGUUACCACUCCAGCUAAUGCCUACUACGAUGCGUUUGUGCGCUGGCAAAUCAACCGUUUGAAGGACUGCGGUAAGAUUAAGUUCGGUGAGAGAUACACCAUUUAUUCCGAGAAGGAUGGUCAAGCCUGUUUGGAUCACGACAGACUGAGUGGUGAAGGUGUCAACCCACAGGAAUAUGUUGGUAUCAAGAUUCCAGUUGACGAGUUCCAACCAGAGGCCCAGGAAAUCUUCAAGGAGAACAACUUUGACCUCCAAAAGAACAAGGUCUUCUUGGUCGCUGCUACUUUGAGACCUGAGACUAUGUACGGUCAGAGCUGUUGUUUCGUCUCUCCAAAGAUUAACUAUGGUGUUUUCAAGGCUGCCGAGGGCGAGUACUACAUCACCACCGAGAGAGCUUUCAAGAACAUGUCUUUCCAGAAGUUGACCCCAACUAGAGGUGACUACUCUGCCGCUUUGCAUAUCAACGGUUCUGCGCUUGUUGGUUCCAAGAUCUCCCCUCCAUUGGCUCAACUCAAAAACCUUCGUGUUCUCCCUAUGGAGACCAUCUUGCCUAACAAGGGUACCGGUGUUGUGACUUGUGUUCCUUCUGACUCCCCUGAUGAUUUCAUCACCGUCAAGGAUUUGUCUAACAAGGCUGACUACUACAAGAUUGAAAAGGAGUGGGUUAACACUGAGAUUGUUCCUAUCUUGAAGACCGAGAAGUUCGGUGACAAGUCUGCUGAAUUCCUUUGUAAGGAAUUGAAGAUUCAGUCUCCAAAGGACACUGUUCAGUUGGCUAAGGCCAAGGAGCAGGCUUACAAGGAAGGUUUCUACAGCGGUGUCAUGGUUAUCGGUAAGUACAACGGUGAGAAGGUUGAGAAUGCUAAGCCAAAGGUCAAGGCUGAUUUGAUUGCCUCUGGUGAAGCUUUCGUGUACAAUGAACCCGAGGGACAGGUUAUUUCUAGAUCUGGUGACGAAUGUUGUGUCUCUUUGGAGGAUCAAUGGUACAUUGAUUACGGUGAGGAGACUUGGAAGAACCAGGCCUUGGAAUGUCUUGAGAACAUGGAGACCUUCUCUAAGGAAACCAGACACGGUUUCGAGGGUGUCUUGGAUUGGUUGAAGAACUGGGCCCUUACCAGAACCUACGGUUUGGGUACCAAGUGUCCAUGGGACGACUCUCAAUUGAUUGAGUCCUUGUCUGACUCCACUGUCUACAUGGCCUACUACACCAUUGCUAGAUUCUUGCAUUCUGACUACUAUGGUGAGAAGCCAGGUAAGUUCACCAUUAAGCCUGAGCAGAUGACCGACGAAGUAUUCGACUACAUCUUCACUAGACGUGAGGACAUUAAGAGUGACAUUCCAAAGACUGAGUUGCAAGCUUUGAGAAGAGAGUUUGAAUACUUCUACCCAUUGGACACUAGAAUCAGUGGUAAGGAUUUGAUUCCAAACCAUUUGACUUUCUUCAUCUACUGUCACACUGCACUUUUCCCAAAGAAGUUUUGGCCAAGAGGUGUCAGAGCUAACGGUCACUUGAUGUUGAACAACGCCAAGAUGUCCAAGUCUACUGGUAACUUCUUGACUUUGCUGCAGAUUGUUGAGAAGUUCGGUGCCGAUGCUUCUAGAAUUGCUUUGGCCGAUGCUGGUGACACUGUUGAAGAUGCCAACUUUGACGAGGCUAACGCCAAUGCUGCUAUUUUGCGUUUGACCACCUUGAAGGAAUGGUGUGAAGAGAUCAAGGCCAACCCAGACUCUUUGCGUACUGGUCCUAAGGACUCUUUCUUCGACAAGGCUUUCGACAACGAGAUGAACUUCUUGGUUGAGCAAGCCUACGAACAGUACCUGGCUACCAACUACAAGGCUGCCCUUAAAUACGGUUUGUUCGACUUCCAGACCUCCAGAGAUUACUACAGAGACUCUGUGUCUGGCGCAGGUAUGCAUAAGGAUCUUGUUUUCAAGUACAUCGAAAACCAGGCCUUGUUGCUUGCCCCUGUCGCCCCUCACUUUGCUGAGUUCUUGUACAAGGAGAUUUUGGGCGAGGAUGGAUCUGUUCAGACCGCUGCUUUCCCAAGAGCUCAAGAGCCAGUUUCCCAGGGCUUGUUGGACUCUCUUGAGUACGUUAAGGAAUUGGCCAGAGCUGUUCGUGAGGCCGAGUCUACAGUCUUGAAGUCCAAGAAGGGUAAGGCUGAAGUUGACGCUUCCAAGCCAGCUACCUUGACCUUGCUUGUGUCUACGUCUUUCCCAGACUGGCAGGAGGAGUACAUUGACUUUGUCAGACAAUUAUUCGAGAGCAACUCUUUGAACGACAACAAGUUGAUUAAAGAGAAGGUUGGUAAGGACAUGAAGAGAGCCAUGCCAUUCAUCCAGUUCUUGAAGCAGAGAUUGGUGAAGGAAGACCCUAAGACCGUGUUCAACCGUGAGUUGACCUUCAACGAAGGUGAGUUGGUGAAGCAAGUGUUGGCUAACAUUCAGAAGUCUACUACCACCAUUAAGGUUGACAACUUGCAGGUGAUUACAUUCCCACACGGCGAGAAGAAGGGUACUGAUAUUACCACAGGAGAAGAGGUGGAGAUCACUGCCACCGGUAAGGUUGUGGACGCCGCCUUGCCAGGCCAGCCAGGUAUCGUUAUUAAGAACAUCGAGUAG